AUUUUCUUAACCCGGCCCAUUUGUGUUGGAUUACUGAUUUCUCCCUAUACCCCUCACCAAUCACAAUCUCCACAAUGCCAUUGUUUGGAGCAUUUUAAGCCUUAUCUUCUUCAUUCCCCCUUUUUCCCCCAAACCAAAGCUCUUCAGUCCUCAGCCAUGACCAGCUGCGCCCAAACAACAACCAACCAACCAAAUGCACGAAACCCACUUCCUCUCCACCGCCAUCGCCGCCACCAAACAACCCCGUUUCUCCUCCAUUCCCAAUCCCAUUCCCAAACCCCAAUCCCCCUCCUCCUCUCAUCAUGACAUCCACUCCUUUCCGCCGCCGAAGAAAACCCCCCACUUCCCAAUCAUCUCCUCCUCCAAAACCACGGCCUCCCUCAAACCCCCACCAACCACCGCCACCCCCCACUCCGACUUCCAAGAAAAAGUCCUCUACCUCGACUCCAUCGGCCUCGACUUCUUCUCCCUAAUCAACCACCACCCUCCGAUCCUCUCCUCCCCUCUCUCCCACAUCAAAUCCACCGUCCACUUCCUCCUCACCUCCAUCGGCUUCACCUCCCCAGAAUUCCGCCGCCUCAUCGGCAUGUGCCCCGAAAUCCUCUCCUCCCGAGUCGCCGAAAUCGCCCCAAUCCUCACCUUCCUCCUCCGCGAAGCCCACGUCAACGGCUCCGAUCUCCGCCGCGUCAUCAACCGCCGCCCCAGACUCCUCGCUUGCAGCGUCAAAACACGCCUCCGCCCCACCCUCUACUUCCUCCAGAGCAUUGGUAUUUCCCAAGUUAACAAACACACCUCCCUCCUCUCCUGCAGCGUGGAAGACAAGCUCCUGCCCCGAAUCGACUACCUCGAAAAAAUCGGCUUCUCCCACCGCGACGCGCUGUCGAUGUUCCGGCGGUUCCCGCAGCUGUUCUGCUACAGCAUCGAGCAGAACUUCGAGCCGAAAUUCGAUUACUUCGUGGUGGAGAUGGGGAGGGGGAUGAAGGAGCUGACGGAGUUCCCGCACUACUUCUCGUUCAGCUUGGAGAAUCGGAUUCGGCCGCGGCACCAGCGGUGCGUGGAGAAAGGGGUCUGUUUUCCGCUGCCGGUGUUGUUAAAGACGAGUGAGGCAAAGUUUCGCGACCGGUUGGAGUUUUGUUGUAAUUCUUCCAUCCCUUUUAGGAGUUCUCCUUUAUGGGGUACAAAUUCGAUUGAUUGAGAAAAUUGAAAAUAUACAAGGCCAAUUUCCAAUUUUAACUAAUUUACUCGUUAAUAUGAGUUUUUCGGAAUGCUAAUGACAAUUUUCGUUAAAUA